GAGUUGGUGGUGGAGUUGGUGGUGGAGUUGGUGGUGGAGUUGGUGGUGGAGUUGGUGGUGGAGUUGGUGGUGGAGUUUCCACCGCAACGCGUGGGUCGCGAGGCCCUGAGGACUCUCACCACCACCACGGCCACCACAACAACAACAACCACCACCACCACCGCCACCACGUGCGUUACAUGCGGGCGCUGUACCGGCGGGAGGCCGACGAGAACGGGCGGCCGCGGGGCGGUCCCAGCGCCAUCCCCAGCAACACCGCGAGACUCAUCCCGCCCGCCGGGCUCAGCCGAGCCCAGCGGGACCCCGCGGCCACAGCCGAGGUGGUGACCUUUGACCUGAGCGCGGUGCCGCGUGGGGAGCUGCUGCUGCGCGCUGCCCUCGUCUACCCUGGGGACGCCCACGGCCGCUCCGCGUGCUCCCUGCGGAUGUUGCCGAGGGAUGACGUCGGAGCGAACCACGGAGCUUCGGAGCCCGCGGGAGACCCAGAGGCCAGCGGAGACCCCGACCCGGACCGGGACUUCAACCCAAACCGAGAGACGACGUCAAGGCCGAGCGCAGGCCCCAGCCGGAACCCUCAACCAGCGCCCAAGCCUCACCCGGACUCGAACCCAGACGUUACACAGAACCUCACCGCACAUCCAACUCCGGACUCCAAACCAUCCAACCCACGUGUCCCAGCGAACCUCGGCGCCGAGCCCACUCCGGUCUCCAGCGGGGACCUCGUCUCGGACCCCGGGCCGGAGGCUGCCCCGAGGGUGUCGCUGGGCGAGUGGUUCGAGGUGGACGUCACGGGGCCCGUGUCGCGCCUCUUGAACCACCCUGGAUCUUCGUCUCCCACCACCUCCUCCUCCUCCUCCUCCUCCUCCUCCCCGCUGCCGGCGCUUCGCGUGGCCUGGAGCUGCACGUCCGUCCCUCGUCGUGCUGCCGUGCCGCCGUUCCUCCUCCUCUACUCGAACGACCUCCUGGGGGCGGUGGCGGCGGCGGUGGCGGCGGUGCCGUUGCCGCCUCUGGCAGGAGAGGAAAAGUCUGAGGAGUUGGAGGUCUCCUCGCCGUGGUUCCUCGGGGAUGUCCCGGGGUCCCUGGAAGGGGACCACCACCACCACCACCACCCCCACCCCGCCUGGCGUCUCGCGGGGAGCCGGGUUGGGCAAAGCUUCGACGCCCUGUGGUGGAAGAAGCAGAAGAAGCUGAAGACGAUGUUUAAUGAGGAGGAGAAGAAGAGGAGGAGGAGGAGGAAGAUCGCGACGAUGGCGGACACCGCCACCGCCAGCGCAUCGAAGCUGAGCUCCAGAAGCGGGCCCUGGAGGUGCGGCGAGGGCCUCUGGUGGUGGGCCCCGUGCCCCUCCGGGACGUCGCUGGGCGCCCCCGUGGCCGAGGGCACGAGGGCGAGGCGCAGGGUGGCGCGCUCGCUGCUGCCCGAGGGGGUCGAUCCGCACGAGACCCCGGAUCGGCGUCAAACUUCCUCCACCUCGUCCUCCACCUCGUCCUCCUCCUCCACCUCCUCCCUGGCAUCGUCACCCCGGCAGCAGCAGCAGCAGCGGCAGCAGUGGCUGUCGGCGCGGGGCUACUCGGGCGCCUACCGCCGCGGCUGCCGCCUGCACAAUCUGUCGGUGAGCUUCGGCGACCUGGGCUGGGACCGGUGGAUCAUCGCGCCGCACCGCUACGAGGCGGGCGCCUGCCGCGGCGAGUGCCCCCGAGGCCUCCUGCACGCCCUGGGGGCGCCCAACCACGCCGUCGUGUGCACCAUCGUGGAGGAGGCCCGGCCGGGGCUGGGCGCGGGCAAGGCCUCCUGCGUGCCCUCGCACUACGGCGCCGUCAGCGUCCUCGUGCUCGAGCCUGGCGGCGGCAUCGCGUACAAGCUGUACGACGGCAUGGCCGCGCUCGGAUGCACGUGCCGGUGAUGGGGGCG